UAACAUUAUUAAUAUAUGCUACAUAUCUACAGCCAGAAGAAGUUCGUGCCCACGCCGCCCGAGAAGGGUUCCUUUCCCCUGGACCACGAAGGUCUCUGCAAGAAGCAAUUCCUCCUCUACGCCAGUUGUCUGCGCAAGAACGCCCAGGAUACGAGCCAGUGCCGCCAGGACGCCCAGAACUAUCUGGCCUGCCGCAUGGACAACAAUCUUAUGGAGAAAACCGAGUGGUCCAAGUUGGGCUUUCACGACCAGAGUACCAAGACCGAUCAAAAAGCACCGGAGGUGCAGAAGCAAUAG